CAGCGCCUGCCUUAAUUGCCAUGUAUCAGCUCCUAUCAUCCAUUGCCUCGGUCCCUCUGCUGGCCAGCCUCGUGCAUGGCUACGCCAACCCCGGAGCAUGCUCGGGUGUUUGUAACACCCACGACCCCGGUUUGAUCCGGAGAGAGUCAGACGGUACAUACUUUCUCUUCUCCACCGGGAACAAAAUCUCCUAUGUCUCUGCAUCAUCUAUUGAAGGACCAUGGACCAGUGUUGGAUCUAUGCUUCCGGAUGGAUCGUCCAUCGAUCUGGAUGGCAACGAUGAUCUUUGGGCCCCGGAUGUUUCCUAUGUAGACGGUCUCUAUUAUGUAUACUACGCCGUGUCGACCUUUGGAUCCCAAGACUCCGCAAUCGGACUAGCAACGUCUGAGACGAUGGAAUAUGACUCUUGGACCGAUCAUGGCUCCACUGGCAUCAAAUCUUCUUCUGCUAAGAUCUACAAUGCAAUCGACCCCAACCUGAUCUACGCCGACGGUACCUACUACAUCAACUUUGGGUCGUUCUGGGAUGAUCUCUACCAAGUCCCGAUGAAGUCAACCCCAACUGCAGCUGCCUCAUCUUCCUACAAUAUCGCAUAUGACCCGUCCGGUACCCAUGCAGAGGAAGGCUCAUACAUGUUCCAGUACGGUGACUACUACUACCUCUUUUACUCGGCGGGUAUUUGCUGUGGAUAUGAUACGUCCAUGCCUGCUUCCGGAGAGGAGUAUCAUAUCAAGGUCUGCCGUUCGACUUCGCCGACCGGUGAUUUCGUUGACGCUGAUGGCACGGCAUGCACGGACGGCGGGGGCACGAUGGUUCUCGAAAGCCACGGAGAGGUUUAUGGCCCUGGCGGACAGGGUGUGUAUGAUGAUCCUAACCUGGGUCCGGUUCUCUACUACCACUACAUGAACACCACGAUUGGCUAUGCCGAUUCUGACGCGCAGUUUGGGUGGAACACGAUCGACUUUUCCAGCGGAUGGCCGGUGGUAUAAGCAAAUCAGCUGGCGCGAAGAUGGAUGCUGCCUACCAGAGGGUCCGCAAGUUGUAUAUAGGAUUGCUGCUAUUGAAUCGGCCGAGAUAUGCUAUAUCGUUAGGUAGUUAGUGAAAUCAUGACUCACAUGAUUCAAAUCGCGUGGAUGCUCUGCCUGAGGCUCUAGUUUUCUUCAAUUCCCAUUCGGCUUUUAGUUUAAGCUUCGCUGCUUCUCCCCACCCAUCCUUUCCCAGCACCAAUGAGGACAUUCAUCUUUCCUCCACCACUCUAUCGAUGCAUGUUUCACUUUGUCAAGCUGAUCAUCAUGUUGCAAAUUUGACACCCAUCCAACUUUGCGAUGUUUACCCCUUUGUGUGCGACAGAAGUUGGGACGGAAAUUCACUCGUUCCGAGCACCGCGAGUCAGUCACAUCCGCCCGGCGCUUCAGACUAGCCUACACUUGGUGACUAUCGC